GUGUCGAAUCCUUGUUCGCUACCGUUAUCAACUGGUCAAGGCAGCGCCAAUCUGGAGCGAUUCUAUUUCGAUCCUUCAGUGCGAGCAUGUCGCCCAUUCAUUUACAAAGGAAGCCGGGGAAAUCAGAACAAUUUCCUGACAUUGCGAGCAUGCCAAAUGGUCUGUCAACCGCUCCAGAAUCCAUGCAUUGGACAGCCGGCGACGACUGCUGCUGGUCAGGUUCUGUUCUGUUCGGCUACCAACAAAGACACGUGCCCAGUGAAUUUCUGGUGCCAUGUUGGAGCGAAUCCGGAAACCACUGAUACUGAUCUGCGGCGUAUUUCAGCCACGAAUCCUUGUUCCGUACCGCUUUCACCAGGAACUGGCAAUGCUGGUCUGCAGCGAUGGUACUACAAUCCAGAUGACCGUGAAUGUCAGCCAUUCCAGUACAACGGUUUGAGANAGACGCAAGCUGAAUGCACAAGGACGUGUCCAGGUAUAACACUAGCGUUCAUUCGCAAUCGCUUUCCCCGUUUUCUGAUCGCAAGCGUAUCAGCGAGGCAGCAGAAAUUUGAUAUGCAGAUUCAAAUGUAG